AUGCCACAUGUCCCUGUGCCCAUGAUCUUCCUAACAGCUGUGGUGCUGGAGUCGCUGGACUACCAACACUACCUGCCUCUCUUCUUCGACGGGCUGAGCGAGACCAACCACCCCUACGAGUUCUUGGCCCGCUUGGGGGUCCACGAGAUGCUGGAGCACGGAGACGGGAAGAUCCUCCCCGUCAUCCCCCUGCUCAUCAUCCCCAUCAGGAAUGGCCUGAACACGCGGAUCCCCCAGGUGCUUUGCAACAUGAUGAAGGCCCUGCAGCAACUGGUGGUGUCUGAAGAAAGGGUCGGCGAGGCCCUCGUUCCUUACUUCAGGCAGAUCCUCCCCAUUUUCAGGAUUUUCAAGAACAAGAACACAAACAUCGGCGACUGCAUCGACUACAGCCAGCGGAAGAGGAUGAACAUCGCCGACCUGAUCCAGGAAACCCUCGAGCUGUUUGAGCGCCACGGGGGGAACGACGCCUUUAUCAACAUCAAGUACAUGGUGCCCACCUACGAGUCCUGCAUGCUCAACUGACCCGCGGCGGCUUCACACAACCUCUAAUUCGUUCCUUCGACUCGUAGCACAAAUUCGUUUUUUUUCAUGUGUUUAUCGGUGCGAUUGUGUUUCUCUUCAUAUUGCUCCGGGCCGUUCUUCACCCUGCUGUUACCUGAGCCCCCCCACACACACAUACACACACAUACACACACAUGCCCCUGUCCCUCUCCUUUUUUUUUUAUCAUACUGUGUGACCCCCAUUAAAAUCAUACCGGCAAGCCAUUUAAUGUUUUGCAUCCCUUUUGUGUUUGCCUUAGUUCUCGAACCAGUGCUCAAUGUCAGCGCAUGAUAAUUUCUCCCUCAUUAAAGCAUUAA